CCAUCGCUGCGCAUAUCGGCGCGUCGCCGCCGAUAUUCGCAAUUGCCGCAACCUCCAAGAUCCCUCCGCAACAACCCCGGGCUAUGCACUAUGUGAUGCCUCGCGGAUGAAUGCAGAGACCUCAUCCUCAUCCUCGUCCUCGACGUGAACUCCAGAAGCAUCAUGUUGACGGGCCCACUGCCGAAAGCCUGACCACGAAGGCGGCGGAUGAGGGCACCCAUCUGACCUUCUAUCCAGCCUAUGCCUUCAAGGCCUCUGCGACCUGGUUGAAAUGGGUGAAACUGACCUGUCUGGACAUUCACACCGUGUUGCAACGUCAUGAGAAAUAUUCUCAGGUCACUACCUCCAUAGCCGUGGAAGGUAACGACCCCCACGCACGCCAGCGUGACCCCCCUCUACUGCUCUUCUACCUCAACCAUCCCGUCCAAUUCGUUCAGGUGAUUGGUGUGGUGGUUACUUUGGAGGACUACUUCGAGAAGUUCUGGCUUUUCAAAAUCGACGAUAGCAGUGGCGCAGUCAUUGACGUAACAUGUCCCAAGCCAGAGGAGAAGCAGGGCGAGCUGGGCGCCAGACCAAGCAACCCAGGGACUAGGCGGGCCACAGAAACUGUGAAACAACAGUUGGACCCAAGAUCAAAGUCAAGGCCAAAGUUCCAUCCCGCGUCUGGAGAAGAUGGAGAAGCCACGGAAGAAGAACAGCUUCAAGACACCCUCUCCCUCCUCGAUAUCGGCACCACCGUGCAAGCCAAAGGCACCCUCACAACGUUCCGCUCGACGCGGCAACUUUCCCUCCUGCGUCUGGAUAUCCUCCCAACUACAACCCACGAAAUGGCACUGAUCGCUUCGCGCACACAAUUCCUCUCCUCGACGCUCUCCAGACCCUGGGUACUGACGCGGGAAGAACAGAGGAAAUUGCGCGACGAAGCGCAGCACGAGAGGGCCGACGACAUCGAGCGGGCGAAGAAGAGGAAGACGCGCGAGACCAAAAGAAGGGACAGGGAGGAAAGGCACAGGCAAAUUAUUGAGAAGGAGUAUGAGAAGGAAGAGAUACAGAGACAGAAGGAGGGACAGGAGGCUCGGAAAUGGGGAGAAGUACUGAAAGGGCCCAGGAGGAAGAGGAUGAAGUCUUUGGAUUGAAUUGAGUUGGCUCAUUAUAAUGCAGCCGGACCUCGUCGCUAGACCCGGUAUUGGUGUUUGUGCCGUACAAUAAUAUAGGCUAACAGUACUGCUGCCGCCAC